AUGGCCCGCUUCUCUAUCCCAACAAAAGCCAGGCUUCCAUCCUCAUUACGAGUUGAUGCAUCCAAUCCUGCUGUUGUCAAGAGUCUCAAUAGACUCUCACGAGAGUCUCUUAUUUCCCUGGCAUUAGAUUGGCUUGACGAUGAGAGUCUCCCGAAUUCUAUUCCUUACAUUGAGAGGAGGGAGGAGGACGAUGAUGAAGAAAAUGACGACCUUUACCCUCCUUGUCAAAGUAUUGACGAAUUACAACAACUUUAUAUCGACAUGCAGCAACAAAAAGGGUCAAAAAGAGAUGCUGUCAGCCGGAUUGUUGAGGGUGAUUGGAGACUAGGCCUGACAUUAUAUCAACUAGCCAUGGCUGAUAUGGCCUAUUUCGAACAGAAUCCAACAUCUCAAAAAUGGUCGGCCUAUCAGAUCCUACCUCUUAAGCAGCCUUCUCAAGAUGCUGGCGAGGAUCAGGUGCUCAAAGUCGACCAAGAAAGUUUGACAAUACCUCGUUUUCAUCCGUCAACAUUUCUCCAAAACCUCCAAACCCAUGUGCUACCGGACGUCAAGGCACAUUAUCACUUUCACCGACCUACAGCCAUCCCUGUUCUACUACUGCGCAUUUUCAUCAUAGAUUCACCCUACAACACAGACUUUGCUCUUUCAAGUCGGGAUCCAAGUGGUACAGCAACAAACUUCGAUUCUUCACGGACAGUGUACAUUGCGUUUCCCGACGGAUCACCUGCUUUGUACAUUACGAGAUCGCAAGCCACAGGUAGCACUGGCUCAGGAGAGUCUAAAAGCUUGCAUAGCUUGAUCGUGGAUGGAGUACCCAAGGCUCUCUCACGCCCCCGUGAACGAUACACUCUCAAAUCAGCAAACCUUCAAAGCAAGAACUUGGAUGCACUUCUAGAAAAGAAGGGAUCUGGACGCACAAAUUCUGCAGGAGGUGGCUGGAGCAUCUACUCUAACGAAGCCACAAAGAUAUCUCCAUUAGAUACCGUUAUUCCAACUCCACCACUCUCUCGGGAAUCAUCGUCCUCAAGUCUCGGUCCCAAGCGGGGAGCGUCAUUAACUGAAUCAGAACGGGUUGCGAAGAAAUCGAAAUUGGUUGCCAAGGCUCGAUUCGGCGAUUCGGGUAUUGUCACUGAUGGUAAGGGAGUGGAAAAGGUUGACAUCGUCAUACAAGAUCCAUUUCCUUCUACAAGUGAAGAUAUUGGCGAUGCAGAAGAGAAUGAAAAUGACGCCACGGCAGGGAGCAAAAGUCGACGAAAGAGCAAGAUUACGGCCGUUAUUCGAGAGGCGAAUAUCGCAGCAGAAGAAGACAACAACGAUACUAACUCUUCAGAUCGAUGGACACCAACUAUCAAAGUAACGUUUUCUGGAACACACGCUGGGAUAAUAGAUGGAGAGCGAAUGCCCGGAUGGAUGACAGGGGAGGAGGGGGUAACAACAGGACUUGUAAGGCAUGGAAGAAUACGUGGAUACAAGGGCUCAGGGAUGUGA